AUGACGCAAGAGCGAAACUGCAGUUACGUGGAAUACGUAGCCGACCCAACCGACGCUAGUGCCCAGGCCCCUUGUUUCAUGGUUUCACAUGCUUGGAGUGAGCCCGUAAUCAACUUUGUUGCGUGUGUUGGACAACAUGCUUUUGAUAGGGAUCUGCCAGACACGACAAGUUACUGGGUGUGUGCCUACGCGCUUCGGCAACACAGUCUAUCGACAGAGCUUCAAGUUGCAUCGGAUCACAAAGAUACUCCAUUCUACAAAGCCAUUCAACAUACUGAGGGCGCUGUGGCGAUACUUGACCAGAACGGUACAAUCUACAGCCGCCUAUGGUGUGUGUUCGAACUCGCCGUCGUUUUCACUGAUCGAAAGGAACAAAGCCCCUCCUACUCUUACGACAUGUACACCCUGCCAGCCCAUGGUAGCAAUGAAAAAGAGCUUGCUCUCGGGGCUGUCCCCGUUGGACUAACGGAAAGACCCGCCGUGUCAGAUUUUCACCCGACCUACCCGAGUGGGCACUUGAACAAGACUAUAUCAAACGAAACCAGGCAGAUUCAAAGACAAUCCCGCUUCCCGAUACACCUGUGCGAGCAAUCGUUUACGCUUCAAUUGGAAAAGGCAUCAGUCUGGCGUAAAGAGGACAGGUGCUUCAUCUUGAACAGUAUCACUGGGGAGAGCCAAGACCCCCCACCUCCAUCGCACCACGCGUACAGCAACCUGAACCACAUCCUAAGGGGUCGGUUUGCUGAGUCGUUGUACCGCACAGCACUGGAAAAUGGCCAUAGAUUGAAUGCAUAUCGUCAGGCUCUCUUGGAGGCCCCCUUGAAGCAAUUGGCCUUCGACUUCAAAGGCUGCAAAGCGUUUGGUGCUGAAUCCGGUUCCUUCUUCAAGUCGCUGCCAUCAACACUGGAAUCUUUAUCGCUCGAUUUAGGCGAAACCACACUGACCACUACAGAUGAUUUGUGCCGUGUGCUGAAGCGUUUAUCCCGUCUCACCAGCUUGAGAUUGAACCUCAACGACUGUGCAUGGCUGCGAGACAAACAUUAUGAUGUGUUGGUUGCCAUUGGCAGUCUUCAACAGCUAAAGGAGCUACAAUUCACCAUGAAAUCAGUGUUGUGGGACAGUCUUGCCAUCCCGUCCAGCUUGGAUAUCGACGGAUAUCGCGUACUUGCCACAGCCAGUCCUCCUGUAUCUCCGACCAUGGGUUAUGACCUUGGUUGUUGUCUUCAUCUACAGAAUCUUUUGGUGUUGUCUCUCGAUUUCUCUUUGAAUAAGGGGCUGAGGAGUCUAGAUGCCCUUGCAGACUCUGUUGCAAGGAUGCCGUGUCUCCAGGAAGUGCGGGUCCUUGCGCAUUUUUGCAAGCAGAUCGAGUCCAUUGAAGUGCUAUCUGAAGGCUUGGGUUCGCUUACCGAUCUACGGAUUCUGGAAAUCGGGUUUGGUUGCACGGCGGUGCGAUCCGUGGAACCACUGGCACAAGUCUUAUCCAAGCAAAGAUCUCUGAAGGAGCUUACGCUGGACUUUGCAAACUGUGACAACCCAUUCCCAAUAGGACGAGUUCUGCAUGCCAUCCAAUCCAAUCGCUUGCUUCACAAUCUUGAAAAAUUGGAGCUGGACUUUUCGCAGAAGAUCGCAAAGCAAGAGCUCCCUCCGACGCUGCAAAACUCUGGAGGCGACGAGAACAGCAAUGUUGACCCCUGGGACCCAUCCGGGCCUGCGGACGGCAGUGAGGUGUUACGCAUGGAGUUUCUCCCAACCAAACUACUGCAAAACCUCAAGAUUCUACGAGUAAGACUGAAUGGCCGUUCGAUAGCUUCCCUGGAUGGGCUGGUGGAAGCUUUUGGGAACAUUCAACUGGGCAGGAUGAGACGGCUCUGGGGGUGGCUCUAUUCUUUGCUCCCACGACCACUAAAACACGGGAGAUUUCUUACCCAAGAACUAACCAGCGCGUACUCUGGAAAUCAAUUUGAUGUUCUGGAGUUGUCUUGUCCAGGUAGCACCUUUGUGUGCAACGAGUCAAAGUACCAUGAGACUAUCAUUAUGUUCUACGAGACACUGUCCAACCUAAAGAUCCGUGCGUCGUCUCUGCUGCUGAAAUUCCCGGGCACAGAGGCCGUGUAUUCUAUCAAAGGCAUCCGUCCUGCACUGUGGAUAGCAAAGGGCAAAAAAGAACAGAGGGAACAGUUCUUGGCCAAGAUGUUUGGUCACUCAUCGCAUGAUUCUUAUUCUUGGUUGGAGGGAAGGGGUGACCAAGACGUUUGGCCACUUAUCGAUGAUUCCGAUUUUGGUUUGGAAGAUGUAUAA